GUUCUUUUUUCUUUUCUGGAGAAACCGUCUUUGAUAUGCUUCAUAUGUUCUUUUCAAAGAUUUCAUUACGGCGUCAUAACUGCCCGUUCUUGUCUGCUGCACUUGGGUUUUCCUUCGAGUCUCAUUCUCGAGUGUUUACCUAGGGCUGCAAAAUCUUUAAUUAAGAAGUGUGGUUUAUAAGGAACUUUUGGGUGAUUAAAGGAUCAUGGCCAAGCAUCAUCCUGAUCUCAUCAUGUGUCGGAAGCAGCCAGGGAUAGCCAUCGGUCGUUUGUGUGAGAAAUGUGAUGGGAAGUGUGUCAUCUGUGACUCUUAUGUUCGCCCAUGCACCCUUGUACGUGUGUGUGAUGAGUGCAACUAUGGAUCAUUCCAGGGAAGGUGUGUAAUAUGUGGUGGAGUCGGGAUAUCUGAUGCUUACUAUUGCAAAGAAUGCACUCAGCAGGAAAAAGAUCGUGAUGGGUGUCCCAAGAUUGUUAAUUUGGGAAGUGCCAAGACCGAUCUGUUCUAUGAACGUAAAAAGUAUGGAUUUAAGAAAAGAUGAUCCAUAUCCAAUUUUCAUAUGAUGAUUAGCAUUAUAAUGAGACUGCUGAAUUCAAAACCCCUGUAGUAGUUUAAAUAUAUUAGUGCUGCCAAAGUUGGUGGCAGUCCGUUUCAACAAUUUCCUAGUUCUCAUAUAAGUAGAAUGUACUGGAGAAUUAAAGAAGCAAUGCAAAAUUGUAAAGACCACACGAUCUUCUUGCCAUCACGGAGUUGUAUUGAAUAGCCUCCAUGCUUCAGAAAAGGUUCAUUCUACUUUCUGAUAUCAA